GGGGCGGCUCCGGAGCUCCAGCGGCCCGGCCCGCGCAGUCCGCGGCGCGCGCGGCGGGGAAGAGGGGCCGCCUGGGCCCGGACGCCGCGGGCGGGACCCGGGAAGCUACGGCUCGGCGGUGCGGAGCCCAGAUUACCCUGUUCACCAGAUGUCUGACAGCUCUUCUUGCAACAUUGGCUAUUGGUUUUCACUGCCUUCACAAGAUCAGAAUUACUCCAGAAAUUGGAGAGUUUGAUUUAAAAGAAAAAACUUAAAUAAAUGGACAAUAUGUCUAUAACUAAUACACCAACAAGUAAUGACGCCUGCCUGAGCAUUGUACAUAGUUUGAUGUGUCAUAGACAAGGUGGAGAAAGCGAAACGUUUGCAAAAAGAGCGAUUGAAAGUUUGGUAAAGAAGCUGAAAGAGAAAAAAGAUGAAUUGGAUUCCUUAAUAACAGCUAUAACUACAAAUGGAGCUCAUCCUAGCAAGUGUGUCACCAUACAGAGAACACUGGAUGGACGGCUUCAGGUGGCUGGUCGGAAAGGAUUUCCUCAUGUGAUCUAUGCCCGUCUAUGGAGGUGGCCUGAUCUACACAAGAAUGAAUUAAAACAUGUUAAAUAUUGUCAGUAUGCAUUUGACUUAAAAUGUGACAGUGUCUGUGUGAAUCCCUAUCACUAUGAACGCGUUGUGUCACCUGGAAUUGAUCUCUCAGGAUUAACACUGCAGAGUAAUGCUCCACCAAGUAUGUUAGUGAAGGAUGAAUACGUUCAUGACUUUGAGGGACAGCCAUCCUUGCCCACUGAAGGACAUUCAAUUCAAACCAUCCAACAUCCACCAAGUAAUCGUGCAUCCACGGAGACAUACAGUGCCCCAGCUCUGCUAGCCCCAUCUGAGUCUAAUGCCACCAGUACCACCAACUUCCCCAACAUUCCUGUGGCUUCCACAAGUCAGCCGGCCAGUAUUCUGGCAGGCAGCCAUAGUGAAGGACUGUUGCAGAUAGCUUCAGGGCCUCAGCCAGGACAGCAGCAGAAUGGAUUUACUGGUCAGCCAGCUACUUACCAUCAUAACAGCACUACCACCUGGACUGGAAGUAGGACUGCACCAUACACACCUAAUUUGCCUCACCACCAAAACGGCCAUCUUCAGCACCACCCGCCUAUGCCGCCCCAUCCUGGACAUUACUGGCCAGUUCACAAUGAGCUUGCAUUCCAGCCUCCCAUUUCCAAUCAUCCUGCUCCUGAGUAUUGGUGUUCCAUUGCUUACUUUGAAAUGGAUGUUCAGGUAGGAGAGACAUUUAAGGUCCCUUCAAGCUGCCCUAUUGUAACUGUGGAUGGAUAUGUGGAUCCUUCUGGAGGAGACCGCUUUUGCUUGGGUCAACUCUCCAAUGUCCACAGGACAGAAGCUAUUGAGAGAGCAAGGUUACACAUAGGCAAAGGUGUGCAGUUGGAAUGUAAAGGUGAAGGUGAUGUUUGGGUCAGGUGCCUUAGUGACCAUGCAGUCUUUGUGCAGAGUUACUACCUGGACAGAGAAGCUGGACGAGCACCUGGCGACGCUGUUCAUAAGAUCUACCCAAGUGCAUAUAUAAAGGUCUUCGAUUUGCGGCAGUGUCACCGGCAGAUGCAGCAGCAGGCAGCGACUGCUCAAGCUGCAGCUGCUGCCCAGGCAGCCGCUGUGGCAGGAAACAUCCCUGGCCCCGGGUCCGUAGGUGGAAUAGCUCCAGCAAUCAGUCUGUCCGCUGCUGCCGGCAUCGGGGUAGAUGACCUCCGUCGCUUGUGCAUACUCAGGAUGAGCUUUGUGAAAGGCUGGGGCCCGGAUUACCCGAGACAGAGCAUCAAGGAAACACCGUGCUGGAUUGAGAUUCACCUCCACCGCGCUCUCCAGCUCCUUGAUGAAGUGCUCCACACCAUGCCCAUUGCAGACCCGCAGCCUUUAGACUGAGAGCUCUCACCACGGACGCCCUAGCCAUUUUCAGGAUGGUGGACUAUGAAAUAUAAUCCUGUUUAUAAUCUGAAGAUCUAUUGCAUUUUUGUUCUGCUCUGUCUUUUCAUAAAGGGUUGAAGAUGUGUUUGCUGCCUUGCUCUUAGCAGACAGAAACUGAAUUAAAACUUUUUUUCUAUUUUAAAACUUUUCAGGCAUGGCUCAGAGCUUGAAGAUCAGGAAGACCCAAUUCUUACUAAAUCUUCUCUGGUUAUGUAUGAAGGAGUCACUCCAGUGCUGGGAACUCAGCCCUUGACAUGUGCGAGAGCUGCUCAUGCUCAGGACACUGGUGUGUUCCUCUGCAGAGCAGUUCUCACAGUUAGCUCACCUGUUACUUAGUGAGCAGGUUAUUGUUGGACACGCCGUGUUCAGGUGCCACGUGGGCGAGUCAGUUUUACUGAAAGCAACUUCACUCUGUUUUAAAAACCUUUUAUCCAGAAUGUUUUUUGCAAGUUAAACAGUGAAGGUGAAUUAAAUUCAUACUGUCUUGCAGACUUCAGGGUUUUUUUUUCCCCCAAGACAAAACACUAAUCUGUGUGCAUAGUGACAGUUCUUUACAAUUACCAGUCAAAGAAAUGCCAUUCAAAUUUUUUUUUAGCCCUAAUGGGUGACCAUUAUCAAGAUGUGUACUUUUGCCCUGUUAAACAGUAGAUGAAUUCUUCUAUAUUUCUAGGCAUAUGGUUGGUUAUAAAAAAGCCUAGGGGGAAUUUCUUUGCCCUUAAUUCACAGGGAGGUUUUGUAUUUAUAAAAACACUAAAAACAGUGUUGCUCUGCCUGACGCUUCACUGUUCUGCAAGGUGGCAGUGCUUCAACUAAAAUAAUGACUAUUUUGGAAACUGCUAAAUUCUCUGUUAAAUGCUGUGCAGAAUAAUGGAAACAUUGCGGUUCGUAAUAGGUAGUUUGGGUAUUUUUGUACUUGAUUUGAUGUGUGACUUUUUUUCAUAUACUGUUUAAAUCAUGUAUGUUUUGGCAUUGUUUAAAAUUCAGUUUUUGUAUCUUGGGGCAAGACUGCAAACUUUUUUAUACCUUUUGGUUAUUCUAAGCCCUUUGUUUGACAUCAUCGAUCAGUCGGCGGUGACUGUGCAGAGACUGAACUAGAAAAGCUGCAGAAGCGCUGACUGUACCACAGACAAUGUACACUUUUUACCUAGUUAGUGCCGUAAAUAAAACUGAGUCUCAAUAUACAAAGUUGAAUUCUAGGUUUUGUUUUUAAAAUGCUUUCCUUUUGCACUUUUGAGUCCAGUCUCAGUGGCAGGACACCUUCUACUAAAUGACAGGCAACGCCAGCUGGCGUGUACAGCUCUGGUUUCCCUCACACUCUGCCAGGACUUUCCCAUGUACAUUAUGUAUCAUGUGUAGACUUGGUUAUUUUCUGAAUUUUUAUUUUACUGUAGCGAAACUAGACCUGGGGUUAAUAGUGAAUAAAAUCAGGAUCACCAUCGAGAUGCGUUUAGGCCUUGCUCUGAGAGUUCCCUGGGAAUUCUGCAGUGCGGCAGAUGUCGGAGCUUUGGAAACACUUGCACAGCGUUUUCCUUGUGCUGCAGUGAACAGGCCCUGCGGCCUGCUUCAGGCCGAAGGGCCAGAGACCCCGACUGCUGCCGUGACGACGUGGAAAUCUCACCCCACCUUACACACCUUGUUUUUUAAGAAGCUUCUUUACUGCUUCAUUUCUAAGAACUUAUAAAUACUUUUGCUACAGACCUAAUUAUUAUCUGUAUAAGUUUAAGGUAAUUUUUUAAAAAUGUUGUAUUGGCAGAAUUAUAAUGUAUGUCCAGAAAGUUUGUCUUUAGAUCUCUUUUACUGGGGAAUAGGAGUGAGAGGGGAGAGUUUUAGGGUAACAGACUUUCAAGAGUCCAGGUCAUCCGACUAGAACAUUGUCCAUGCCAUGGGACACCUUGAUGCUUCCUUUUCUACUUUACGGACAGGUUUCCAUGUUUAAUCAUCUUCAUAAAGUAUGUGGGAAAUAUUUGCUAAGAAGUAUCUCUUCAGAGCCAAGCCACCUGUCUUGGUUUUUUUAAUAAGAGCCAUAGAAUUUUCUCCUAGUUAUUGAUAAUACUUGUAAUGUGACCGUCCUAUGCUUUUAUAAACUGUUUCUUUUUGUUCCUUGGAAGUUGUCAUCUUUGAUGAAUAAGACUUAAAAAAACUUACCUAAGCUUCAAAAUUUUGUGUCCAUUUUAGGAUAAAACAGUUUCUGUAGUUUUCAGAGUCUGAUUACGAUGUGGGUGUGGUUCUGGGUGUUGGUCUCUGAUUCAUAGCUCAAGAGUCUCCUAAGAUUCAAUUUCACUGGAAACUGAGUGAGAGAUGAAGUAGGCCUACCCGGUUUGAAACCCAUUCUACUUUUGUCUUGUGCCUUUCUGUGCAUAGUUAAAGGGAAUCCUUAAUGGUAUUUGCCUUUAUUUGCUUGGAAGUAGAUUCUUCUGUGGGAUAGUCUACCUUAACUGUUCUGCUUUACUGCCCCUGCUGGACAAAGAUGAUGACAUACCACUACCAUGUACUUGCUUCUCCUCAGAUACCCACAGGUUCACAGGCAGGAAUAGCCUCCGUAGGGGACAUACCUGGGAAGUCCAGCAACACAUGAUUAAUUAGGCUGUAUUUCAAAGUUAAAAAUCCAGUUUUAUAGGGAGUAGUGUGGUUUGUGUUAGCAGCUUUAAAGGCAAAGUAAACUCAGAGGUUUUACAGGUUGGAGAAGGGAAUCUUCCGGAAAUACUUGUGAGGUAUCUGUGGAAGUGAAGUAUAUUUGUCCCUGGUCUGCUACAAGUUAGCUAAUUGCCACUCAUUAGGGUUUUUUGUUGUUACUGUUGUUUUGUUUGUUCUUAAUUUCCAUUUGUUGUUCCAUCCGGUUGAGACCUCUUGGAAGGAGCAGUUGUAUUUGGAGUUGGCCAGAGUUCCUCUUGGUGGCUUCCGUAGGUUGCUGUCCUCACCGCUGUCAUUUUACCUAAUGACAGGAGUGGUGACGAGGUGAGCUAGAUCACUGUGGUGAACGUGAGCACCAAUCCUGUCACGGUGGGGCCUGGUGGAGACCAGCAGCGUGCACCUCAGUGCGGGUGGGGGCAUGCGCCUCCCUAGCAGACGAAGUCAUCUCGCUACACAGCGAUCUGUAAAUAGCCGCUGGAGUCCUCCUCCGCAUGGUCGUAAAGAAAAGACUCCUGCUCAAGCCUUCCCAGUUUUCUCUUCUAAUAACCAAGCAAUUUCUUUUGUGGUACAUUAAGAAGUGUGUAAAAAGCCGGUGGCCUUAUCCAUAGCAGCGUCCUUGGCAGAGCCUCUGACCUACACUUUCGGUGCAGCGAGAUUGUUUAUCUGGUGUUACUGAAGAGUGAAGGUUUUCAUCAUCUUGCCUUAUUAAAGAGUAAAACCUUUUAAAAAUUAGCCAUUUGUUGGUGGGAGCUAUUUAAGCAAUCAGGAUGUCUGGGUACACUGUUUCUUCUCUUUUUCUCUACUGUCUCUGUGGGCUCUGGGCCUCUGAGAUGGACAGCACUAUGUAGCCUUUUCUGAACGCCCAAGACUGCUGUAGUUUGGGUAUUUUCGUUUUGAAUUCUCUUCAUCCUCCUUUCUCACAGCUACUGCUUCUUGGGUGGUUGGCAGUCUGCCUCCCCAGUGUUCUCAUUGUGUUCUAAUUCAUUGGUCCUAACUGCUCAGCUGAGGGAAGCAGUUGAGGGAAAUUAGUAGUAUUCACCCAGGACACUUUCCUCUUGGCAUUGAUUCGAUUGCUUCCAGUGGUCUCUGAUUCUUGACGAGUUUUAUAUGGUCGAUACAGAGAGAAUUAAGUCACAUUCAUAGCCCCAUAGCCUCCCUUGCCCCCACACAGUUCACUUCUAAGAACUGUACUGUUCGCUAGGGGCAUCAGCAAGCCGCACACGCCCUCUUCCAAAAGCGUCCUUGCUUGUUUUGUGUCCUCCGAACCCCACUCUGGCCGCCUUCCUCUGUAGAUACUUCUGACCUUUAGGUGCCUUUAUGAGAUUUGAGGGUCUGAUAUCAUGCCCCAAGGAGUAGCUAAUGUAAUGACUGAUGUUUUCAGGGAUUUUAGCAUCAUACUUAAAAUGAAUGAAUGAAGCUUUUUAUUCCUUUUUUAAUGUGGGAAGAACUGAGGAGAAUUUUGGUGAAGACAAUCAUUUCUCUGUGUUCACACAGUUCGUUUAAGAUGUUUUCUCAGUUGGUCCAGAGUUCAUGUUCCUGUUCAGCCAAACACGUGUGGCUCUGGACUCAGACAGUAGCACUGUCGGGUCACGAUUUAGUGUGUCCUGGGCCUCCACUGCCUCACCUGUGAAACGAGGCCAGGACUGCCCUGCGGCUCUGGCUUUUAAGUGACCUUGCCGACCUUGCAGCCGUUUGUGUUUGCUCCGUCCGCUUGUUCUGCUCUUUGAGGGGGGUUCUUGCUUAUUUCUUUGUUAUUCAGUGAGACAGGCUUGAUCUUUCAUUAGUUGGUCUUCUGUGGACAAGUAGUUAUAUAUGUCCUAUGACUUACUUUAACCAAAGGCCUAGCACCACCUUAGGGGCUGCAGUGAGUCCACUGCGAAACAUAAACAGCUGGGGUGGGGGAGCCUCCAUUUCCUUUCCCCAUUGUCUGUGCUCACAGCCUGUCUAAAGGCUCUUCUGAGUUGUGGCGUUCAGACACAAGUUGGUAUGUGUGACACUGUCUUCCUGAGUGCUGACGAUUCUUCACCUGACAUGGAUUGAAAUCCUGUUAAUGCCUGCUGAUAUCAGAGGUCCUUUCUUUGGGUCUUUAGUUGCUUAACUCUUCUACGCUCAAAGCAGGAAGUUCUCCAGAAUUGUAUCAAUAUUUUAAUUGAUGCUAUGAAAACCAGUAUCAGUGAAUGCUUAUUCACUUCAGUUUUGCCUCUUUUCUAUCCAUUUUGAUUAGACAACUUUUUGCUGGAUCAUUCUUUCCAGAGAGUUCUCUUCCAACUUGCUUGGAUGAGUAUAACUGAAUUUGUUAUUUUUAAGGACCUGGGAACCUUUCUAGGGGGUGGGCUAGGGGUGGGGGUUGGGGAGUCCUGGUAGAGGCCAGCUCUGCGGUAGCUGAUGAAGAAGGGACGAAACCAGCUGCUCUUGCUAAGGCUGCUUGUCAUUGGUAGAAGGACUCACGGGCUCGGAUUGGUUAAAAGGCUGACUAUGGAGUUGCAAACUUCCUCCAAAUGGAGGGUUUUUUGUUCAGUGCAUCAGACAUGUGACUUACGAGAAAAGCAUGACUGUCUAUAGUGAUGAAAACGGGCAUGCUGCAGAGCCCAGUGUGGGAGAGCGGCGGAGGUGCCGGUGCCGGGACGGGACAGAUGUGCUCUCCCAGCUCUGUCUCCCGCUGGGGGCUACUCAGAGCUUGCGCUCUUAGGGAAGCCCGCAGACUCAGUUACUUCCUUUCUAUAUACUUUUGCCUGGUUGAAGUCUGUGGCUAAAAAUAAAAUAGUUGAAACUUUCUUGAGAACUCUGUAACAAAGUAUGUUUUUGAUUAAAAGAGAAAGCCAACUAAA